GGAGGCUUCCUCGUAGUUGACCCGGCGCGGACGGUGACGCGCAGGCCCAGGCGGAAGUGCGGGCGGAGGAUCCCGAGCCGGAUCCCGAGCCGGGCGCGGGGCUCGGGGCUCGCUGGGGCGGCUGGCUCCCGCGAUGGCGAGCCUGUGGUGCGGAGGCUUGCUGCGGCUGGGCUUAGGGCUCAGCAUGUCCUGCCUAGCGCUGUCAGUGCUGCUGCUAGCUCAGCUGACAGACGCCGCCAAGAAUUUUGAAGAUGUGAGAUGUAAAUGUAUCUGCCCUCCCUAUAAAGAGAAUCCUGGGCGUAUUUAUAAUAAGAAUAUAUCUCAAAAGGAUUGUGAUUGCCUUCAUGUUGUGGAGCCGAUGCCUGUGCGGGGCCCUGAUGUAGAAGCAUACUGUCUGCGAUGUGAAUGCAAAUAUGAAGAAAGAAGCUCUGUCACGAUCAAGGUUACCAUUAUAAUUUAUCUCUCUAUUUUGGGCCUUCUACUUCUAUACAUGGUAUAUCUUACCUUAAUUGAGCCCAUCCUGAAGAGGCGCCUCUUUGGACACUCACAGCUGUUGCAGAGUGAUGAUGACAUUGGGGAUCAUCAGCCUUUUGCAAAUGCCCACGAUGUGCUGGCCCGCUCUCGAAGCCGUGCCAACGUUCUAAACAAGGUGGAGUAUGCUCAGCAGCGCUGGAAGCUUCAGGUUCAGGAGCAGCGAAAGUCUGUCUUUGACCGACAUGUCGUCCUCAGCUAACUGGGAGUUGGAAUCAAGGUGACUAGAAAAAACACGGCAACUGGGAGGAAGUGGCUGGUGUCCAUGGGUUUUAAUGCCCGUUGUUUUUACAAAUCCUUGUUGGAUGGAGGAAGACUCAGAAUUGGAAGCAAACCCCAUGCUUGGUAUUUUUCUUGUUAAUGUAUUAAUAGAGACGUUUUUAAAGCACACAGUUCCAAGUCAGCCAGUAAAUCUUUUCCUACUUGUGACUUUUACUAAUUAAGCUGCCUGUGAGUUAUCUUGAAGUCCUGUGCCUGGAACAAGCUCUCUCUUUCUCACCACACAGUUCUAACUUGGUUUUCAAGAAAAUUUUCAGGUGUGUUUUUGCUUCUGGUUUUUUGUGGUGGGAAAAUAAAUGGAAGUCUUGGGAGUGCUUGAAUAGUUUCUCUCGAGUCACUUUAUUAGACAAACUUGUAAAUACGCCAGGCCUUCUACUUCAAACGUGUUAAUAUUUCCAGUGUAGAUGGCUCAUCAGUGUGCUGGCCUCCCACGUGACUUCUGCACUGACUACAUUACCUAGGGUUCUGGUUGGCCCGUGGCUGCAUUCCAUGGGAAGUUGGAGCUGAGCUGCCUGGCGGCUCCUCACGAAGUGCAGACUUGUUUCGUGCACUGUGGUGUCUGACGCAACAUGUCCUAGAACAAACUGGCCAUUUGCUAGUUUACUCUGGUAACUAAACACAGUCUCAGUGUGUGGUCUUCCUCAUCUUCUUCUAGUAUCUCUAAGGACUUGAAUAUUUAGAAUAAAGACAUUUUCUCUUAAGCCCAAGCCUCCCUGGAUGAAUGACAAACACAUACUGGUCAGCCUUUACUGUCCUGCUGAGCGGCUGCUAUUUGAACUAAUGUGGCAGCUUUGAACUAGGACUGGAGUUCAGAUUGCCUCUCUCUGAGAAGUCUAACAGUUAUUGGAUAACUGGCUCUUUUUCUUCCUACAUCCUCUUUGGAAUGUAACAAUAAAAUAAUUUGCAAAACCCCUA